GAACUGGACAGAAGAACAAGGGCUUCCUUCUGAUAUCUUGGAGACUUCCUGAGAGCCAGGAUGGAUGAGCAAGACUCAGCUGGCCCAGAAGCAGGAAGAGGCCAUGCCAUCAACACUGGGAGCAGUGAAGGAUUGUGGGAAAACUCUGUGCAGAAGAUCCUGGGUGAGGAGGACACCCUCCGCUCAGAUGUGCAGAGACAAAAGUUCAGGCAGUUCUGCUACCAGGAGGCCAAAGGACCCCGUGAGGUUUGCAGCCGCCUCCACUGCCUUGACUGUCAAUGGCUGAAGCCAGAAAGGUAUACAAAAGAUCAGAUGCUGGACCUGGUCAUCUUGGAGCAGUUCCUGGCUGUCCUUCCACCGGAGAUGGAGAACUGGGUGAGGGAAUGUGGAGCGGAGACCAGUUCCCAGGCGGUGGCCCUGGCCGAAGGAUUCCUCCUGAGUCAGGCAGAGGAGAGGAAGCAGGCAGAGCAGCAGGGAAAAGACUCAUCUGAGGCAGAGAGGACUCCAUCUGACAACAGAGAGAGGCCAUUGGGUGACAGAAGGAUGCCAGCAAGACCGCCAAGUCCAUCUUCUCCUGGCAGCAGAGAGGAGGCAGCGGCUGUGGAAACAGAUCAGGGUCUGGUGUGCUUUGAAGACGUAGCUGUUCAUUUCACAGAGGAGGAAUGGGCGUUGCUGGAUCCUGACCAGAGAGCUCUGCAUGAGGAAGUCAUGGAGGAACAUCAUGGGAUCCUGGACUCUCUGGGUGGUGAUGAAUUAGAAAUUAAGAACAAGGAAGACGAUGACAAAGUCCACACAGUGGAGGAGACAUAUCAAUAUUCAGAGUGUGAAGUCAGCUUCAGUCAGAGCUCCAAUUCCACUUCCCAUCAAAAUCUCAUUGAGAAUAAACCCUACCAGUGCUUUGAAUGUGGAAAGAGCUUCAGUCACAGCCACCAUCUCACUUCCCAUCAAAGAAUUCAUACAGGGGAGAAACCCUAUCAGUGCUUGGAAUGUGGAAAGAGCUUCGGCCAGUGUGCCCACCUCGCUGCCCAUCAGAGAAUUCAUACAGGGGAGAAAUCGUAUCAGUGCUUGGUAUGUGGAAAGAACUUCAGUCAGAGUUCCCAUCUCACUGCCCAUCAAAGAAUUCAUACUGGGGAGAAACCCUAUCAGUGCCUGGAAUGUGGAAAGAGCUUCAGUCACAGCACCCAUCUCACUGCCCAUCAAAUAAUUCAUACAGGGGAGAAACCUUAUCAGUGCUUGGUAUGUGGAAAGAGCUUCAGUCAAAGUGGCCAUCUCACUGCCCAUCAAAGAAUUCAUACUGGGGAGAAACCAUAUCAGUGUUUGGAAUGUGGAAAGAACUUUGGUCAGAAAGCCCAUCUUCUUUCCCACCAAAGAAUUCAUACAGGGGGGAAACCAUAUCAGUGUGUGGAAUGUGGAAAGAGCUUCGGUCAGAGGUCCAAUCUCGCUGCCCAUCAGAUAAUCCAUACAGGGGAGAAACCCUACAAGUGCUUGGAAUGUGGAAAGAGCUUCAAUCGGAGCGCCACUCUCUCUGACCAUCAAAGAACUCACAGCAGGGAAGACUUGUAUAAAUGCUUGGAAUGUGGAAGGACCUUCACCUGGAAGCAAAGUCUCAUUACCCAUCAAAGAAUUCAUACAGGAGAGAAACCGUAUCAGUGCCUGGAAUGUGGAAAGAGCUUCAGUCACAGCACCGGUCUCUCUUUCCACCAAAGAAUUCAUACAGGGGAGAAACCCUAUCAGUGCUCAGUUUGCGAAAAGAGCUUCAGUCAGAGCAGCCAUCUCACUUCCCAUCAAAGAAUUCAUACAGGGGGGAGACCCUACCAGUGCUCAUUUUGUGAAAAAAGCUUCAGUCAGAGCAGCCAACUCACUUCCCAUCAAAGAAUUCAUACAGGGGAGAAGCCCUAUCAGUGCUCGGAAUGUGGAAAGAGCUUCAAUCGCAGUCACCAUCUUGCUUGCCAUCAAACCAUUCAUACCGGAGAGAAACCAUAUCAAUGCCUCGAAUGUGGAAAGAGUUUUAAUACAAGCACAGGAUUCAAUAGUCAUCAACGUAUUCAUGGCGGGGAGAAACCAUUUCAGUGCCAAGAGUGCGGAAAGAGAUUCACCUGGAAGCAAAGUCUCAUGGCCCAUCAAAAAAUUCAUACAGGGGAGAAACCGUACCAGUGCUUGGAAUGUGGAAAGAGCUUCCGUCGGAAGUCGCAUCUCACUGCUCACCAGAUAACUCACAGCAGGGAGAAAACCAACGAUGGCUGUGUAUGAAAUUAAUUCUAAGAAACUUUAAUUAGUAUGCAGUUGAGGAUUGCAGCAGUGUUCUUGUCCUUCGGCAUCCCAGCAAAUAAGUCAACCUUUGCUCAAUACCAUGGAGCCCACCCUCAGGGCCAAUAUUUCUUCAUACUAUAUACGCAAGGUACAAGUCAUUGGCAUAGAUGUUGAAUAGCUUUCCCCUGACACGUCUGGGAGGAGGGUCAAUAGCAAUUUGGAAACAAUGAUGAGGUUGCUAUUGAUGCUUGGAAGACGUUGGCAAGCAAUUCAUAUACUUCCACUUCAAAAGCCUCCAAGUUGCAAAUUGGUGGUUCGUUCUCCUUGUUUUCUCUUGCUCCACAGGGUUGGACCCAAAAAUAUAAGAAAGGAGAUUUUAACACCAGGAAGAACUUUCUUGUAACUUGAAGCCAUUGGUUUGAGUCCCACCCUCCAGAGCAGGAGAAAACAAGCUUGUUCCCUUUUCCACGAGAUAGCCCUGUAGAUAUUGGAAGAUGGCUAUCAUAUCUACUCUCAUUCUCCUCUUUGCCAGGCUAAACAUACCCAGUUUCUUCAACCAUUCCUCGUAAGGCUUAGUUCGAAACCCUCCAUCAUCUUGGCUGCCCUCUUCUGCCCACCUUCCAGAUUGUCAACAUCCUUCUUAAAUCAUGGUGCCCAGAAUUGAACACAAUAUUCCAGGUGUGGUCUGACUAA